AUGCCUCCGACGCGUUCCUCCAGACGAGCUCAAGGGUCUCGGUCUCUAGCCGUCGUCACUGAGAUCGUAAAACCACCUGUGCGUCGCAGUAACGCCAAGAACGAAACAAUGGCCACUCGGGUGCUUGCUAAACGCACCAAGGCGACUGAUAAACAACCUGCUGCUGCCACCAACGGUAAUAAGCAGAAUAAAACCAUCACUCAGUUCUUCUCGCCCGUUUUGCGAAGCUCAAAUCCAGCUCCAGUUACAAAAGCUAGUUCGUCCAAAGUCAAUGGUGAAGAGGUCGAAGAGGAGGGUGAAGAGGACGAUGUCAUUUCGUGCAGUGGCUCCGAUACGAUUGACGAGGACAGCGACGACGACGGUGGUGUCAUACCUAAGUACGAGUGCCACAACUGCCACAAGCAGUUCACUCGAAAGUCCCACCUAGAUCGCCACAACAAGUCGUCCUGUGCUGAGUCCUCGCAAAAGUCGUCUUCGCACUCUCCGCGCAAGUUCAUCUGCAAGCAAUGCGGCAAGGGCUUCACCCGUCGCGACAACCUAAAGCAGCACGUGCGCAAGCACACCUCAGACGACAGUGACAGUCGCGAGAAGAAGUACAAGUGCAAGACCUGUCACAAGCUCUUCUACACGCCCAGCCACCUGCAGAUUCACAACCGGACGCACACCGGAGAGCGACCCUACAGCUGCGACAUGUGCUCAAAGAACUUCAGCAGCAGCGGUGCACUCAACAAACACAGUCGCAUCCACACCGGCGAGAAACCAUUCAAGUGCACGGAAUGCGACUUUGCCUUUGCCCUCAAGGGCACCCUCAACCGUCACAUGAAGAUCCACUCUGGCCAGAAGCCGCACAAAUGCGAAUACUGCGGCAAGGAGUUCAUUCAGUCUGGGGGGCUGAAGGCGCAUCUCUUCUUUCACACCGGGCAGAACGGCUUCAAGUGCGACCAGUGCGACCGGCAGUUCAACCGCAAAGCUCGCCUGGAGAUGCACAAGCGCUACGUUCACGAGAAGGUUAAGCCAUUCGCCUGCAUGAGCUGUGAGAAGUGUUUCACCCGAAAGGAGGACUUGAAUCGUCAUGCCAUCUUGCAUACUGGUGAGAAACCUCACUGUUGUCAGUAUUGCAGUAAAAGAUUCGCCCUGAAGGCCUCUCUCAACGUGCACCUGCUCACCCACCGCAAGGAAGAGCCUAGAGCCUGUCACGAGUGCGGUCACGCUUUCAUCCGUAAGGACUGCCUCAUUCGUCACAUUCGUAAGAUUCACCGGGAACAGGCCACUAUUCUACUGCUACAGCACAACCUUGUUGAGAAGGACUUAGAAAUGGUCAAAGAAGGCAUUAGCGAGACUGACUUGGAGAACGGCAAGUUGCAUGAUGAUAAACUGUGCGAGGCCAUCCGAGAGCUACUCCUGCUGCUAGUGGACGAGAAGCUCCUAAAGAACUUUGGUUGGCCGAACGCUCCCAUCGAUUCCAUGCUGGAGGCGGUGAUUAAGCAGUGCAACCACGAACCUGUCAAGUGCGAGGACUACAACUACUACGAUCGCCUUCGCGAGAACGUUAAACUACUUUUUACCGUUGUCAUUGAGGAUGAAUCGCUCAAGGAAUUGCUAAACAAUCGCACAGUCGACGAAGUGGUCAUUUCUGUUAUCAUGCAGGCCAAUGCCUAA